AUGCCCAGAAGAAAGAUCCAACGAACACCAGAAGAAGAAGCUAAAUUGAAAAAGGUAAGGCGUGAAAAGAAUAUAGCCCAGCAGAAAUUACGUCGACAAAAACGUCGAGUUGAUCAGAUGGUUAACCUUCGGGGUCAUAGAAUUGACCUAGAUAUUCCCAUACAACAUUCAGUCAAACAGCCAACCAUUAAAGAUUCGGCAGUUUGUUCAGAAUGGAUUCCCUUACAAGCAAAACGCAUGUCAAUGGUGUCAGGAAUCGUUAAUACAAAUAUUGGAAAUACAGGUCCCAGGCUAGAAAGAAGUGAAAGAAGUAUUGCUGAACACUAUAUAGGACCCAUGGACAUGAUUUGUUGUCAUUGCAACGCGAAGCAUUUUGCAUUUGAGCGAACGUCAGGUAAGAAAGAUUCAUUCCAGAGUUGUUGUGGUCACGGAGCGGUGAGAUUAGAAUCUUUACCUGAACCACCAGGAAUAUUGCGUGAAUUAUUCGACGGCAAGCAUGAAAAAUCCAAUCAUUUUCUUCAGCAUAUACGUAGUUAUAAUAAUUCUUUUGCAUUCGCUUCGUUCAAUGCAAAUUUGGUGAAUUUUGAUGAAAGACGCCCUGGACCAUAUUGUUUUAAAAUUAACGGCCAAAUUUAUUACCAGAUUAAUACGAGUUUGUACCCUUCUGAAAGUGAAUGUCCUUCAUAUGGUCAGCUCUUCAUAGUUGAUCAAAAUGAAGCAACUGAUGUUCGAUGCAAUCAAAUGUCAACGUUGGAUGCAGAAUUGGUAGGUGAAAUCGAUAGCGCACUUCGGAAAUGCAAUGACUUUGCACGAUCAUAUCAAAUGAUGCACGAAGAAUUAUUGCAAUCGAGACUAAAUUCUAGAGAAUCAGGAGUGGAACCUAAAAUGCAACUAUUGUUUUCUUUGAAACCAGGCAUGGAUCGUGGACGAUAUAAUCUCCAGAAGAUUAAUGAAGUCGCAGCGAUAUUCACUACUACUGCGGACGGCGAAAUCCCAGAGUCUUACGUUUCAAUCCGUGUCAAAGCUACGAAAGAACUCACGUAUAUCAGCACCAUGGAUCCCAAUGUUGAACCGUGGAUUUAUCCACUGUUCUAUCCCAACGGAACUCGAGGAUGGCAUGACAAAAUGCCAUUGACGAACAGGUCUGGACGAGUUACUCGCAAUGCUUAUACAAAGUACAGAAUGGCUGACAGAGACGACAAUGUGAUUCUCAAAGGCGGCAGAUUAUUCCAACAAUGGAUUGUUGACAGCCACGUCAAAGUUGAGAGAGACCGUUUGACAUUUGAUAGAAAUAAUCAAGAAAAGCUACGUUCUGACACGUAUCAAGGUUUAAGAGAUCAUUUACAAAGAAGAGCAGAUGAAUCUCAUGGUCGAGUUGGAAAAAUGGUCAUUCUUCCUUCAUCAUUUGUGGGUUCUCCACGCAACAUGAUGCAGCACUAUCAAGAUGCCAUGUCAAUUGUAAGGAAAUUCGGUAAACCGGAUCUCUUCAUUACGAUGACGUGCAAUCCAAACUGGCGUGAAAUACAAGAAAAUUUAUUACCCGCUCAAACACCAUCUGAUCGACCUGAUUUAGUUUCACGUGUUUUUCACAGGAAAAAAGAUGAGUUGAUGGAAAAAACCAUCAUAAAAGAUAAAUUGUUCGGCGAAGUGCUUGAAUACGUGUAUGUCGUUGAAUAUCAGAAACGAGGUUUACCUCAUGUGCACAUAUUAUUAACGUUGAAACAGAAUCACAAAAUAACUACUCCAGAUGUAGUUGAUAAAUAUAUUUCUGCAGAAAUUCCAAAUCCAGACGAAGAUCCCACGUUACAUCAAAUCGUAAUGAAGAACAUGAUUCACGGUCCAUGUGGCAGUUGGUGUAAAAACGAAAAAGGCCAUGAUGCGGCGGCCGUUGAGAUUACCGAUCCUGGUUAUGGUGAAAAUGUGAUCGAUCAUGAUGAAAUUCGUAAUUUCGUGGAGGCUCGAUAUGUCAGCCCAGUCGAAGCCAGUGAUCGUAUAUUAAGUCAUAUAUUACAAGAAAAAAGUCAUUCAAUCGUGAGAUUACCUGUGCAUCUACCUAAUCAACAGACUCUAACCAUUUCCGAUGUAGCCGAUGAUGAAGCUAUAAGGUCUGCAUUGCAAAAAGAAACAAUGUUGAUGGAUUAUUUCACUCUAAAUCAACGAGAUCCCGAAGCUAGGAAGUUCACUUAUUCAGAAAUUCCGUCCCAUUACGUUUUCAAGAAAAAUCGAGAUUCAGGGAUCUCAAGAUGGGAGAAACGGAAAGCUCAAUUCAAUGUUAUCGGACGAAUGUAUUCGGUAGAUCCCACUCAAAUUGAAUUGUUUCAUCUGCGAUUAUUAUUGAUAAAAAGCAACGGAGCAAUUAGUUUUGAGGAUUUGAGAACUGUUAAUGGACAUCUGUAUGAUACGUAUCUCAGUACCUGUCUAGCAUUAGGACUUAUCGCAGAUGAUACAGAAUGGGAACGAGCAAUGACAGAUGGCGAAAUAUGGAUGAUGCCUCGACAACUCCGUCGUCUGUACGCUCGAAUUUUGAUAUAUUGUCAGCCAAACCAACCAGAAGAAUUAUGGUUGAAAUUCAAAAAUGCCAUGUCUCAAGAUUUUCAACGAGAUGCCGAUGUUCAAACAGCUGAAAGAAGAGCGUAUGCUGAAAUCAAUACAUUUCUCACUCAAGAAGGUUCAGACUUGAGUCGUUUUCCUACCAUGCCUACGAUGGAAGAGGUGCCAAAUAAUAUUACCGAGUCCAUAGAUGCAGGAAUGCUCCAACAGCAUACAGAAAUUGGUCUUGAUCAAUAUCGAAGAUUGAACGUCAAGCAGAAGGAAAUUGUGGAUAAAAUUUUCGAUGUAGUUUCUUCGGAGGUAAAUAAUUCGUCAAAUACAUGUUUUUACAUUGAUGGUCCCGGUGGUUCAGGUAAAACAUUUAUUUACACCACAAUCUAUCAUAUACUGACAGGAAGAGGAAAACAAAUUUGCACAAUGGCGUUUACAGGUAUUGCGGCAAUAUUACUACCGCAUGGGAGAACUGUGCAUAAAACUUUUGGUAUGCCGGUUCCUCUUUUCUCCCAUUCUGUUUCAAACAUUAAGAAUCAGUCUCAAAACGCUGAUUAUCUACGAGGAGUUGAUGUUUUCAUCUGGGAUGAAGCUCCAAUGGCACCGAGAUACGCUUUGGAAUUGGUCGAUCGAACACUUCGUGACUUUACGAAUGUGAACCUGCCAUUCGGAGGAAAAAUUAUGAUUCUGGGCGGUGAUUUCAGGCAGUUAUUACCAGUGAAAACUCACGCUACUCGCUCUGAGAUGGUCAAUUUAUCGAUCAAAUUCAGUGUGUUGUGGAAACAUUUUUCCAUAUUUGCACUGACUGAAAAUAUGCGUACUCUCCCAGGAGAAAUUGAGUUCUCCAGAUAUCUUCUUUCUGUAGGUGAUGGAUGUUCAACUGAUGCCAGCAAUAAUUUGUUAGCACCAGAACAGUGUAUAGCUCCACGAACAGCUGAUAUAGUUGUAUCAACAUGCAAAGAACUCAUAGAGAAGAGAAAAUUCGAUGAAUUUGCAAAUGUCGCAAUACUAUCUGCACGAAACAUUGAUGUUGAAGAAAUAAACAAUCGAGUUGUAGAACACUUCGAUAAAACAACGGAAAAGAUUUAUACCAGCAUAGACAGUGUGAAAAACUGUGACAAUGGAGAUAUUUCAGAUGCAAUACUCCCAGAGUAUUUGAAUUCAUUAAGUCCACCAGUAUCAAUGAAGGAUUGUGUACAAAUUUUAGAACUCGCAAAUAAUCUCCUACGAUGUCGAAUUCUCACGGGCGACAAGGCCGGAGAGAUCGUUUUCAUUCAUCGCAUCAUUCUCUAUUGUGAGGACGUCUACCCUUUUACAUUCCAACGUCGAAAGUUUCCUAUCAAACUGGCAUUCGCGAUGACAAUCAACAAAAGUCAAGGACAAACAUUCAAUAGAAUUGAACUCGAUCUUCGAAAAGAUGUCUUUAAUCAUGGAGUUAUAUCGCUAGAAUUAGAUAUGAGAGUUGCGAUCAUACCUUUAAAUACUUCGACAGUCACUUACACUUAUUUCCUGAGCGCAUUCCGAAACGAUUGCCUAGAUUAUGGAGGUUCUAUCUACACCAAUGUUGAGUUACACGUUAUUAAUUCAGUUUCGGUGUCUUUUCAACUUUCAUCUAUUAAUCAAAACUGGAUAGGAAAUUCCUUAAAUUAUGGAAACCGCUUUCGAAUAUGCUCAGGUCCCCAGUACAUUUCGAAGUGUUCAUUAAGUACAAGUUACUGUGGAGAUAUCUCAAUCAUCAUAAGUCGUAGACAGUUAUUCAUUGAGUGCCCGCGCGCUGGGGCGCGCGGUUCAGUCUCGUAG